UACAAUUCCUCACGGUAUAUAUCAGAAUAUAUACAACUUAUCCCUCUAAAUUCCUCAUACUUCCAUUUGAGGAAUUAAUGGAUCAAAUCAAGGCCGAAAAGCUUGGAGCCAUGAAAUGCUACAAGAAGAAGCAGAACUACAACAAGAUCGUAUUCCUUAUUGGAGAAUCAAGGCUCAGCAGCAGCAAGCAAUCGUCUCCAGUCACUGAGAUGUACAACGAGUAUGUUGAGAGAAGUCGGAAUCUCAGGAGACCACUCUCCACGUUUCAAGAGAAGAAAGAGGAGAGGACCUUGCCGGAAAUGUUGAAUCCGAUAAACGAGGGCAAUGCGGAGAGUAUUGAAGAUAAAGAAGUUGAUGAAGGUAAACAAGAUGACAAGCAUGAUCAUGGUCAUGACGAGGAAGACUUUAAAGAAUGUGGGGAAAACGCUGAAGAAGAAAAGGAAGAAGAAAAAGAAGAAGAAAAAAUGGAGGGAAAAAAGGAGGAAAAGGAAGAACGAGAAGAAGAUGAGGCUUUAAUGCCUGCUGAGGAACUAAACAAAAGAGUUGAAGACUUCAUUGCAAGGGUUAAUAAGCAAAGGUGGCUUGAAGCUAGAAAUUUGGUUUGUUGUAAAGCAUGAUUAAUAUAUGUUGGGUACCCGAUCAUUGAAAACAGAUUUAAUAAAUUAGUAGGUGUUGGAAAUUAUAUAUUAUAAUCUGAAAUAUUGUAAUAUAUAAUUUUAAUAAUUGAAUGAAAAAUAUUGUUAACCAAUUUCU